GCCAGUUUGCAUAAUGUUAUUGGGAGGAGUCGGAUCUGCAAAUGAUGCCUCGCAAAGUCUUGCUAACCACCCAAAUAUGAUUUGGUCUUCCUGGCCCUAUCAGCGGAAAAGGCCGUUGUCACGCGGGCCAACCCCGAUUCGGUGCUCUGGAAGGAUUGUCGUGAAGCUAAAACCAGGGGAGAUAUAAAGGAGGGAGGGGUUGAAGCUGGGGCCAGGCGCUAGGAGGUCGCUCGGAUCCUUUGACACGGUUAGAAAACGGGCCUAGUGCUCUCAGCGAAUACGAAAAGAAUGUUGGAUUUCCUGAUUUGACGAGACAUAGUAUGUAGGCCAUUCCAUCAUUUUGCAAGCUCUCCCUCGAGAUGAGUGGCUAAUUCUUAAGGUGGGGGUGAAACUUGAACUUCAAAACGGAUAUGUUGUGGAAAUUCGGCGACUGAAAACAAGAUGCUAUUUUGUUAGUUUACGAUCAGGCAUCUAUCAGGCCUCCAGGGUGAUCGUUUGUUUCUGCUGCUGCUGCUCCACAGUCACGCCUUUCUGCAGAUUGAUAUGGAAGUCCUCAAUAUGGUAUUUGAGGAGCUGGGGAUGACCCAGUAUUUACCAGGGUUUAUUGGCAAUGGCUUCGAAACAUGGGAAGACGUUUUGGAAAUCACUGAAGUUGAUUUGUAUGAUUUUAACUCCUUCUGUUGAUGUACAGAGUGCUGAUGUGAGAAGAGAAGUGUUGGGUGUCAAAUUGGGCCAUCGAAGGAGACUACAGCAGCGAGUUGCAAAGGAAAAGAAAGAUGUCCCCAAUCGGCAGGCACAACACGGCGAAUUCGGAAACUAUUCCAGAAAGAAGAGACGAUAUCAGUGGCAUCCUAAGCCUGACCCGAACGCCCCCAGAAAACCGUUGACAGCCUAUGCCAUCUUUGCUAACGAAAAACGAGCAGACCUCCAGUACAAGGGUUUAUCAUUUCCUCAGAUGGCAAUCGAAAUUGGGAGGCUUUGGAGAGAAUUGCCCGAAGGCGAAAAGAAGAUCGCUCAAGCGCGUGCCAUCCGCGCACGACAAGAAUACAAGCUUGCUCUUGCGGAGUAUGAAAAGUCAGAAAAUUACCGGAGCCAUGUCAGAUAUCUAGACGAAUGGAAAGCGAAGAAAAGUGCGAGGAAGAAAGCCAGAAAUUCCGAAGCGAAGGCAUCCCACAACGCUACUAGCUCGCCUCAGGACACUGAAAGAAGUCUAGAAUCGGCUGAAAUUAAGAUAGAAAGCCAAUUGGGCAACGGACUUGGGGACGAGAUUCUGGAGACUGUUCUACCGACCCAAUGGGUACCAGUGUCUCCGGAGCAGCAAAUGGAACAUACGUGCACCGCAUUCGUGUGGCCACCGUCCCAGAAGGACAUACAGAAUCACAUGGGGCGAGACAGGGGCAUUUUUGAUAAUACUCUUGCUGGCCUAAGCAAUUUGGAAAGGAGUAUGCAGGGCGGAGGUUUGGAAGUCGUAUUCGAAGAUGCUGGAAUGGGGUGCAACGUAUUUUGGGCGGAGGCGAAUCAUCACUAACGACAGCACUUAUUAUAAAACUGGUCCUGGCCGAGCAUAGCUUACCCUGGUGCGAGGUGAUGUAGCGCGGCGCAGUGCAGGUGUCAAACGGCCUCGCAGUCAAGUUCGAAUCAAUAUGAAAUAUUGCAGUUUUCGGGAGAGUUGAGUCAGGGAUAGGGCUAAUGAGCAUUUCAUUCAGUUCCCAUCCUACAGCUUACCAAUAAUUAAUUGAUCUCUGGCUUGGGCAUUAACAAAUAUAUAUAAUAUAUAUACAUUUGUUUUUGCCCUAUCUCCACUUUUGGGUUGAUAUCGCCCUAUAUAUCGACGUUGCCGCACGAUUGUGGGUCGGUAGUCAAGGUAAAAAAAAUAAAGUCUGGAAGAAUGUACUUCUUUAAGCUUAGCUUCAAGCAGAAACAGAAACAGGAAAAUAAAAAACUAUUUAAAUGGUCUAUCAUUGACCGAAGGUUCCCUAUUAUUUGUCGAUGGUUCUACGAUGUAGUUAAGGGGGACAGA